AUGCUGACAAAAUUACUGCUGCUCCUCGUUUCUUUGGCUUUUGUGCUGGCCGACUUCAACCUGACGGACUGCAACAAGUCGGGCGGCAAGGGUUGUCUCUUCGCUCCGCCUCAAUGCCAGCCAAACGUCGACUGCAAGGUCCACAUCUCGUACAGGGUUGAGGGCGCCGACCUGGUGAUCGAGCUGGGCGGCACGAUGCAGCCGGAGCAGUAUAUGGCCGUCGGCUUCUCGUUGAGUGGCGCAAUGAAAGAGACGUCGGUGAGCGGAUGCUACCUCAACACCGACUCCAAGAUCCACGGUUUCGUCGGCUACAUCCCCAGCAAGCGCGAGGUGGAGAUGAUCCCGUGGGAUCUGCAGCGGCUCGACCACGACGCGUCGUCGUACGAGGAUGGCCGACUGGUGUGUACGCUUCGACGACAGAUGAGCGAGACCAACUACCAACUGAUUUACGACCUGAACGCUCAGGAGUACACGAUCCUCACCGCCCGCGGACCCUACAAAGGAGCCCUCCGCAAGCACGAGUACAAGAUGGCGAUCGGCAUCUACAAUCUGCACGAGUUUGACGUGGGCUACGACUCGGCCGGUUACGGCGCCCACUACAGCUUCGCCCUCAUCACGGCCGUUCUACUAAUUCCCAUGCUGCUCACC